UCUAAAGUGUUUUUCAAAGACAAGAAGCGCGCCAGUUCUGUGUGUCAGCGGUGAGACGAACAGUUUUUCCGGACGUUUUUGUGAUUAAAAGCUAAGAGAAACGCUUUAUCCCGACACUAGAGUUAAAGCCAGGUCUGGUAAAAAUGCCUACUACUCGCUCUCAGAGACAACCAACUCUCCAGUUCCCUAAGCGCAAGUCCUCCAGGGUUUCUUCCCAACCCAAAGGUUCAUCUCAGCCUGAUCUGGACACCAGGACUGUGCCUGAUUCUCCCAGAAAGACAACCUUCUGUGUCAGAAACGGCCCGCUUUCCCCUGUGAAAGCAGCUGUGGGUGCCAAAGCCAUCCCUCUUUCUCCCAGAACAAAAAAUGUUCCAGAUAUCAGGGCUGUUCCUCUGUCGCCCCGACACCAUUUGCUCCAAAGCAUCUCUCCAUCUCAAAGGCUUCCUUUGAGCCCCAGAAAGCGAACAGGCGAUGAGAACAGAUGCAACUUGCCGCCAUCUCUUCAGGGUUCUCCUCCCAAACAGAACCGACCCUCGCUAGGCUCCCCUCGCAAGCUGUCAUUUAACGAGAACACUCCUGCCUUCGGAUCUCCUCCUCGGCCUACAUCCACGGUCCCUGUUACUUCCUCGACUUGCUCUUCUUCCAAAUGCUUGAAGGAGCCCACCAAAGCUGAGUCUGAUGCACCAGAGAAGGUUUCCACUCCUGUUACAAAAAAAUCGCAGUACCAGUUUGUGAAACAGGCUCUUCACACAGCCGUGCCCGAGCGCCUGCUCUCUCGAGAGGCCGAGCGAGGCGUUAUCGUAUCCUUCCUAGAGAAACAUGUGGUGCUCGGCAAGCCGGCCAGCCUGUACAUCUCUGGGGCUCCUGGAACAGGGAAGACAGCCUGCUUGAACUGUGUGCUUCAAGAACGCAAGGCUUUGUUAAAAGGGGUGCAGAUUGUGGUGAUCAACUGCAUGACGCUUCGGAGCUCCCAUUCGAUCUUCCCUCUCCUGGCUGAAAAACUGGGAACGACCAGAGGCCACAGUGACGGCAAGCUUGAGAAACUGCUGACCAGUUCAGGCCCCACUGUACUUUUGGUACUGGAUGAAAUGGAUCAGCUGGACAGUAAGGCCCAAGAUGUUCUCUAUACCAUAUUUGAAUGGCCUUAUCUUUCUAAGUCUCGUCUGUGCCUCAUUGGUAUCGCAAACGCCCUCGACCUGACGGAUCGCAUUUUGCCCAGACUGCAGGCAAAGCCUCACUGCAGACCACAGCUUCUUCACUUCCCACCCUACAGCCGCCAAGAGCUGGCAGCCAUCGUCCAGGACCGGCUCACGCAGGUGUCAGGAGAAGGAGUUCUUGAUGCUGCUGCUGUUCAGUUUUGUGCCAGAAAGAUCUCUGCAGUCUCAGGAGACGCCCGGAAAGCACUAGACAUCUGCAGGAGAGCUGUAGAGAUGGUCGAGUCCAACAACAGAUCCAAAAUGUCUUCUGACUCGACAAAUAAGAAUACUAAAGAAGCACGUGUGAGUGUCCCUCAGGUGGCACGGGUUCUGUCUGAGGUCUACGGAGACCGCAUGACCUCCAGUGGUGGAGAAGAAGGAGAGAGUUUCCCUCUGCAGCAGAAAUUGCUGGCCUGCUGCCUGCUACUGCUUACACGUAACGGGAAGAGUCGAGAGAUUCAGCUGGGCAAGCUGUGCGAGACCUACAGUAAGCUGUGCAAGCAGAGGCAGGUCAGCAGCGUGGGCCAAGGCGAGUGUCUGUCACUGUGUAGUUUACUAGAAAGCAGAGGCAUCUUCUCUCUCAAGAAGGCCAAAGAAGCACGACUCACCAAGAUCACACUGAAGAUCGAGGAGAAGGAUGUGGAGAACGCUCUAAAGGAUCGCGCAUUACUGGGCAGCAUCCUGGCUGCAGGCCUGCCGUGAUCUCCGUCAACACCGUUACAGUCUUCCUGCAUAGACCACCAUGUUUCCUCAAGACCUUCACUUUUCACAAUAUUUAUAAAUUUUUUUUUUUAGCAUUUUUUUUCAAGCAGUCUUUGCUUUGAGUCAGCAUCAUGAGACCUUUUUAUUUGUGUGAAAUCCUUUUAUUUUUACAAUGUACAUUUCUGUUUUAAUGUAAAUAAAUGUACAGGAUCUUAAAACUUUAA